GAGCGAGGGAACGCGCGCGAUCGCAGGGUCUGAAAGGAGGUGGGAGGGAGAGGGAGAGCGGAGGGAGGAGGGAAGAGGGAGGGGCCGAGGGACGCAGGGGGUGGGGGCUGCCGUGGCAGCAGUCGCAGCGGCUCCAGCCUCCUGCUUGCUCACUCGUUCUCAGUGCCCGGAGCCGGCUGCCCGGCUGGGGCGGUUCGCAGCUCCCGCUCCUGCCUGGGGACCUGAAGCCUCUCCGGCUCCGGGGUAUAGGACCGCGCGACUGGCUGGCCCAAGCCCUGGGCGCGCCACGGAAGCAGGGCCUGAUGGCGCCGUCCGCGGUGGGCCUCCUUGUUGUCUUCCUCCUGCAAGCCGCUCUCGCUCUGAACCCCGAGGACCCCAAUGUGUGUAGCCACUGGGAGAGCUAUGCCGUGACUGUGCAGGAGUCUUAUGCACACCCCUUUGAUCAGAUCUACUACACACGAUGUGCAGACAUCCUCAACUGGUUCAAGUGUACCCGGCACCGGAUCAGCUAUAAGACCGCGUACAGGCGCGGCCUCAGGACCAUGUACCGGCGGAGGUCCCAAUGCUGCCCUGGCUACUAUGAGAAUGGAGACUUCUGCAUUCCUCUGUGCACUGAGGAGUGUAUGCAUGGCCGCUGCGUCUCUCCUGAUACCUGCCACUGUGAGCCUGGAUGGGGAGGCCCUGACUGCUCCAGCGGCUGCGACAGCGAGCACUGGGGUCCCCACUGCAGCAACCGGUGUCAGUGUCAGAACGGCGCCCUGUGCAACCCUAUCACUGGCGCCUGCGUGUGCGCCCCUGGCUUCCGAGGCUGGCGCUGUGAGGAACUCUGCGCGCCCGGUACUCAUGGCAAGGGCUGCCAGCUGCUCUGUCAAUGCCACCACGGCGCCAGCUGCGACCCGCGUACUGGCGAGUGCCUCUGCGCACCUGGCUACACAGGCGUUUACUGUGAGGAGCUGUGCCCUCCUGGAAGCCAUGGAGCUCACUGUGAGCUGCGCUGCCCCUGCCAGAACGGAGGCACCUGCCACCACAUCACUGGCGAGUGUGCCUGCCCUCCAGGCUGGAUGGGAGCAGUGUGUGCCCAGCCCUGCCCACCAGGGACCUUUGGCCAGAACUGUAGCCAGGACUGUCCCUGCCACCAUGGAGGCCAGUGUGACCAUGUGACUGGACAAUGCCAUUGUACAGCUGGGUACAUGGGGGACAGGUGCCAAGAGGAAUGUCCCUUUGGAACGUUCGGUUUCCUGUGCUCUCAACGCUGUGACUGCCACAAUGGAGGUCAAUGUUCUCCAGCCACCGGUGCCUGUGAGUGUGAGCCUGGCUACAAGGGCCCCAGCUGCCAGGAGCGGCUAUGUCCUGAGGGCCUGCAUGGCCCAGGCUGCACCUUGCCCUGCCCCUGUGACACUGAGAACACUAUCAGCUGCCACCCAGUUACUGGAGCUUGUACCUGCCAACCAGGCUGGUCUGGUCACUACUGCAAUGAGUCCUGCCCCGCCGGCUACUAUGGCAACGGUUGCCAGCUACCCUGCACCUGCCAGAACGGUGCUGACUGCCACAGCAUCACUGGGAGCUGCACUUGUGCUCCAGGUUUCAUGGGAGACGUGUGUGCCAUCCCCUGUGCUGCAGGGACCUAUGGUCCCAACUGUUCCUCUGUAUGUAGCUGUAGCAAUGGCGGCACCUGUUCCCCUGUGGAUGGCUCCUGCACCUGCCGAGAGGGGUGGCAGGGCCUGGACUGUUCCCUGCCUUGUCCCAGUGGGACCUGGGGCCUGAACUGCAAUGAGACUUGCAUCUGUUCCAAUGGAGCUGCCUGCAACCCUUUUGAUGGCUCCUGCGCCUGUACCCCAGGCUGGCUGGGGGACUCCUGCGAACUGCCCUGCCCGGACGGUACGUUCGGGCUGAACUGCAGUGAGCACUGUGACUGCAGCCAUGCUGACGGCUGUGACCCUGUCACAGGCCACUGUUGCUGCCUGGCAGGAUGGACAGGCAUCCGCUGUGAUAGCACAUGUCCUCCAGGUCGCUGGGGCCCCAACUGUUCAGUGUCCUGCAGCUGUGAGAACGGAGGCUCCUGUUCUCCAGAGGACGGGAGCUGCGAGUGUGCCCCUGGCUUCCGAGGACCCUUAUGUCAGAGAAUCUGCCCACCAGGAUUCUACGGCCAUGGCUGUGCCCAGCCUUGUCCCCUCUGCGUGCACAGCAGGGGGCCCUGCCACCACAUCAGUGGCAUCUGUGAGUGCCUGCCAGGAUUCUCUGGAGCCUUGUGCAACCAAGUGUGUGCUGGAGGGCACUUUGGGCAGGACUGUGCCCAGCUCUGUUCCUGUGCCAACAACGGGACCUGCAGCCCCAUCGAUGGCUCCUGUCAGUGCUUCCCUGGGUGGAUUGGCAAGGACUGUUCACAGGCCUGCCCAUCUGGGUUCUGGGGCUCUGCCUGCUUCCAUACAUGCAGCUGCCACAACGGGGCGAGCUGCAGCGCCGAGGAUGGGGCCUGCCACUGCACCCCUGGCUGGACUGGACUCUUCUGCACGCAGCGUUGCCCUUCAGCAUUUUUUGGGAAGGAUUGUGGGCACAUAUGCCAGUGUCAGAAUGGAGCCAGCUGUGACCACAUCACUGGGAAAUGCACCUGUCGGACAGGCUUCUCUGGGCGCCAUUGUGAACAGAGAUGUGCCCCUGGAACCUUUGGAUAUGGGUGUCAGCAGCUAUGUGAGUGCAUGAACAAUGCCACUUGUGACCACGUCACUGGUACCUGUUACUGCAGCCCGGGAUUCAAAGGAAUCAGGUGUGAUCAAGCUGCCCUCAUGAUGGAUGAGCUGAACCCCUACACCAAGAUCAGUCCAGCUCUAGGAGCAGAGCGGCACUCGGUGGGUGCUGUCACGGGCAUCAUCCUCCUCUUGUUCCUGGUUGUGCUGUUGCUGGGCCUGUUUGCCUGGCGACGGAGGCGGCAGAAAGAGAAAGGCCGUGACCUGGCUCCCCGUGUCUCCUACACCCCAGCCAUGAGGAUGACCAGCACAGACUACUCUCUCUCAGAUUUGUCUCAAAGUAGCAGCCAUGCCCAGUGCCUUUCCAAUGCCAGCUACCACACAUUGGCGUGUGGGGGGCCUGCCACCAGCCAGGCCAGCACUCUGGACAGGAACAGCCCCACCAAGCUCAGUAACAAGUCCCUUGACAGAGACACAGCAGGCUGGACCCCCUACAGCUAUGUGAACGUGUUAGACUCCCAUUUCCAGAUCAGUGCUCUGGAGGCCAGGUACCCGCCCGAGGACUUCUACAUUGAACUUAGACACCUCAGCCGCCAUGCUGAGCCACACUCACCAGGCACUUGCGGAAUGGACAGACGUCAGAACACAUACAUUAUGGACAAAGGCUUCAAAGAUUACAUGAAAGAAUCUGUGUGCAGUUCUAGCACUUGCUCCUUGAACAGCAGUGAAAACCCUUACGCCACAAUUAAGGACCCACCCAUCCUCACCUGCAAGCUUCCAGAAAGCAGUUAUGUAGAAAUGAAGUCACCUGUGCACAUGGGGUCUCCGUACACAGAUGUGCCAUCCUUGUCGACAUCUAAUAAAAAUAUAUAUGAAGUUGAGCCCACAGUCAAUGUGGUCCAAGAAGGCCGAGGUCAUAACUCCAGCUAUAUCCAGAAUCCAUACGACCUACCUAGGAACAGCCAUAUUCCUGGUCACUAUGACCUCCUCCCAGUAAGACAGAGCCCUGCCCAUGGGCCCUUCCAGGACAAGCAGUAAGAGGGAUAAGUGUCUCUCUUAGUGUGCUCUGCUGACUAUUUUCUGACUCUGAAAGAAGACAAUCCAUGACUUGAAAUAUCAGUACAGAAUGCCUUGAGCUGUGUGUUAUUAGUUCCUUCAUCUGGAUUGAAAGAAACACUUCCAAACAGGAUUGGGGUAACUGUUCAAGAAAGUCUGUUCACAAAAGCAAAUCCUAUCAGUCUUCAGCCCUAAAUGUCCUGGAUAUGAUUUUUAGAACAUUAAAGAUACCACUAUUCAUCAACAUCAGCUAAAAGAUAUGUAUUUAGUAUUCUGAAACAACGCUUAAGAAGCAUGUAGCUUAGGUUCUGCAAACUUUCCAAGGAGGCAAAGAAAAUUGGGGAAGGGAGAGGGCACUUUAAAGUGCCUGAAAUGUAUAUGUGCUGUUGAUUGUUAUUAUCCUCAACAUCUGUUUCAGUAUCUAAGGAAAUUGGUAUGUGGGCAUGAACUGUUCUAAUAUUAACUGCGGUCUGUGUUCAUAUAGGUAUGCCCCAUCAAAUUAUAACAGCCACAAUCAGAGUUUAAAAUAUAGCCUAAUUAUUUAAUAAAGACAGGCUCACUUUCUUUAUUAAAUAAUUAUUGGUGAUAGUAGACAAAACAGAAAGAGGGGAAAAGUAAUUGUUUCAAAAGAGUAGCAGUUUCAUUCACUCUAGAAUGAUUUCUAUGCCAGUCAAAGUUCAAGAAUAAUGAAUGCCAGCUCUUGCCUGGCUUUACUGAAUUGGUUCACCCAAUACUUGAGUCAUUCUGUGUGCACAAGAGAACUAAGAUGCUGCUUUUAGAAAAUGGUCACCAGGCUGGGAAUGUAGCUCAGUGGGAGAGGCCUUGCCUACUAAGGACGGACCAGGGGUAGAUCAGCAGCAUUGUAUAAAAGGCAUAGGCUUGUAAGAAUGAAGUUUCCCCAACAACAUAAUUGGAUCACUCAAGUUACUUAGUCAGAGUUCCAUGACUUGUUUAUGAGCAGUUCUUCAUAGAUGGUGCUUGAUGUAGUAUGGAACCUAAAGGUAUAGAAGAAAUUACACAAUGGGCAUGGCAAGCUUAUGUUGCUUAGCAUACAUUAUGUUUUUGAUGCAACUAAAUGAAAUAAAUGUAAAACAAAACAAAAACAAAAAAACAUAAAAGUUCACUGCCCGAGAUGGGCAAAUAUGUAUUCCAUUAGUUGGUGCUUUCAAUCUCCUGUUCAGAGAAGUCCAUAACUUCCACUGCACAGGUAACAGCAGGUAAACUGAGGCUUGGACAAUUCUGAAUGGCCAAUCACCAAGUCCUAUAGGACCUCUUCACAAGAAUUUAGAAAAGAAGGGGCAAGGUGGGAGUUAAUGGUUACCUUUGUGCCAUCCCAUGCUCUUAAGAGGAAUAAGAGUCAAGAGCCAGUAGAAAUUACCUAAAAAGGGUUUAUAGAAGAGCGACUAGAAGACUGUAAAGCUAGAUACUGCUACAGGAAGUAGGGAUGAUAACCUUAGUUUGAGUAAUAAUCAGCAAAAGAAAGAAAAUAAAUAUAUGAGCAAAUCUCUUUGCUCACUUCACUCAAGGCAUAAGCCAGCAUUAGCAUUAGAGGAACACAUACAUGAAUGUUGCAUGUGUGCAUGGAAGCGAGGCAUCACCAAUAGUGAACUUUCCCAAAAGCCUUAUUAAAAUAGAGACAUUAGGAAAUAUUGGUAGACCUAAGUUAAUAUUUCUCAUACAUAUGUAUAAAGAAAUAUAGUUAAGAGACUCACCUCAGUAUUUCAGGGCCACAAGUGCUCUAUUAUCUUUGUGAAGCAAGGAUGAAGAAGCAUGGUAAAGUCCAACCAGCAAGCAGAAAUGGUGUCUCAAUCCCAGGCUUUAUCUUCUUUCCUUAUCUUGCAUGUACAAUAACUGCUACCUGGCAAACUGCAGUCAUGCAAAUUCCAAAUCUCAUUUCUCUCUUGCCAACUACACUCUGCACAAAGUAUCCAGCAAGAGGUGGGAUGGCUAGAGCAUCAAGUCAAGAGAAGUUGGCAGCACUCUUGUUGGGUCACUUGCCCUCUUCGGGCUCCUUUAUUACCCACACAUGAAAGAAGAGAGACACAGAGUGGGAGCAGAGCUCUAACAACUCUCCAGGUGUAGCAGUCUACAACAUUUCAAGUAACAUAGUUCAGUCAGGCAAUACAGAGAAGGGAGAGGGCAAAGACGUGAUUAAGUAUGGUGACAGCAGCAGCCUUCACAUAGCUAAGAGUUAGCACUAGGACAUUCCGAUCAUGCAGAGCAACUGUUAGGAAUUUCUGUCUAACAAUCACAAACAGGUUUGCGGUCAGCCUCAACAUGUGCGCUGUGCAUUCUAUAGUCGAUUUGGAAAGAUCUGCUCAAUUAUUUUUCAAAAUGAAAAUUUCAAUCCAGUAAAUUAAUAUGUAUACAAGUCAAACAAAGAAAACACAGUUAUUGUACAAUAGUGUGAGAGACUAUGAAAUGGCAAUACUUUUUUAAACCACAGAUUUGUAAUAUAUUUGUUCACUGUGCAGAGGAUGUACCUUAUACAAAAUAAAAUGGAUUCUCAAACUAACACUA